GUUUCGGUACCUAAAUUCAGUCAGCAGCAAUAAUUACACGUCAUGGUCAGUUUCGAAACAUAAAAAUUGACAAAAAAAAUCCAAAAUGGAUAUGAAAAAGAGACGAAAUAACAAGAAGAAAUUGAUUUAACAUCCGACGAAUUUCUUUUUAAUUCAAGAUAAAUGGCAGGUUCGCGAACUUCUGGAAGAGCCUACGACGAGAUUUCGCACGAGAUUGAGCAGAACUUUCUGUCGAUCAGAGUGCCAAGGGACAUCAGAGAGAUACAGGCAGUUGGUAAUGGAAAUGGAUUUGGCACAGGGUCUUCCAAUUCCGUCCGUGUCAAUUGCGCAGAUGUCUCCGGUAGCACCUGCAGGGAAGGAUGUGCGAAGGUGAAUGUGAUACCCAAUCAACAACCACCCGAAAAGAAGCCGGAAGAGCAGUCAUUUUUUCUUAGAUCAAAAAAACAAAUAAUACAAUCGGAUGAAUUACACCACAGCCUAGAAAUAGAAUUUAAGGCCCCCCGAAAUUAUACACCCUUGCCAGAACCUGGACCCUCUCCACCAAUUAUAACCAUUGUCGCCAAAGCUAAAGUCGGAAAAGGCAGAAAGAAAAAAGAAAAGUGAAAAUUAGCAAAAAUUUGUAAA